AUGCCUGCCACGUCAUCUCCUGCCGGAGAGCGUGGACAACAUGGUCGUCCAGAACAAAAGCACCACCGCAAUCGAGAACAGCGCACAGCUGAGCCAACCCACCUGGAAGGAACGCGACUGGAGCGUCGCUUCUCUGCAGCGCGAACGCGCCUUCCCUCCUUUGCCGACACAGUUGGCCCGCCCACCACCACUUCUGCCGUCCAGCCAGCACACGUCGCCGUCACCGAUGCCAUGAUCACCGACGGCCAAGACCCCACACCCGCUUCCACUUCCGGAUCCGAAAUAUGGAGGCUCGCCGAAGUCAUGAUCAACCGCGCGAACAUCUCACGUGACGACCCACGACAGCACAUCAGCGUCAUGAACUUGAAGAACGCCAUUGACAGACAAGACGAGGAACUGAAACGUCUGAGAGCGGAUCUGGUUCAUUACAUGUCGGCAUACGAGGAGCUUGAGAAGUCCAGCGAGCAGAUACCGGACGUGGAGAGUCAGCUUCAGAAACGCGUCAAGGAUCUCGAGGCGGAGAACCGCAACCUUCGAUGGAUAUUGGAGACGAUCGCGCCGGCGAGCACUGUGAUUGAGCAGUUGAGUUCGCAGGUUCAGCAGCAGGCCACACAGAUCGAGCGACAGAACACACAGAUUGAGCAACAGAACACACAGAUUGAGCAAAAGACCACACAGGACGAGCAAUGGACCACGUCGACUGCGAAGCAGGCCGCCCUUCUCGAACAAAAGACCACACAAAACGAACAGCUGGCCGCGCGGAAUGAGAAGCUGACGACGCGAACCACGCAGCAGGGCAAGCAGAUUGAGCAACAGGCCGCGCAGAUCAGGCAGCAGACCACGCAAGUUGAACAGCAGAAACAGUACAUAAAGGAUCUUCAGAACCAAUUGGAGAAGCUCAAAAAGCAGGUGCUUGAACAGAGAAGGACGGAGAGACAGGCGGACAAGGAUCGGAUCAAGCAGGAGCUUAACCCUACUGAAACUCGCCCAAACGAUGGCCAGCCUACCAGCCAAAAGAUCUUUGACAAGGCAGUACCUACACGUCCCAUCGGCUAUGGCGCUGAGCGGCACCCCGUAUUACCCAAUCACCAGCCCGGCGUUGCACCGCGUUUGCCAGAGCGACCCUACGACCGCCAUCGCAGCAGGUCGCCAAUUCGCAAUUCUCCCGACCUUCCGAUUCGUGAAUCUAGGAACUGUACUCCUCUAGCUAUACGCCGUCCGGUUGCUGAAUCUGCUCGUCACCCUCGCAGCGAUGCUCCGGUUGACUCUGUCAACGCAAAGCCGCGGAUAACUCUUCCAUCCCAUGCGUCCUACCCCAGCUCAUUGGCCGGCAACAUCAAGCUUGGCGGACACAAGGUAGAGCGCUCUGAACUGGCACAGAAGCCACUUUCUCGUACUGGAAACACGGAUGACCGUAUGGGCAAUGCUACUCUUGCUGAUGCACGCACUCACGACCUUUUCCCGCCGAGCAAUGACGGCUACAAGGAGGGCCAGCGACAUCGAAAACUCGCCUGUCACAAGUGUCAUAAUCUUGGUCGGGCAUGGGCCUGUGAUGGCAGCUUUCCUUGUACAUCAUGUGAGCAUUUCGGCGACAGAUGCUACUAUGUGCGCUGCCGCUCGUGGGAGAGGGGAUUGCCUUGCGCAAACAACCGAUGUACCAUGUUACAUGACGAGCUCGGUUAUUCUUAG